AUUCACCGUGCAGACGACACCGAUGUUUUGAUGGAAACCUAAGCAAGGAUUUCGUGAUAUAUAUAUAAAAAAAAACAUUACGCCAUUCUUAUACAACGACUUUACACAACAAAACUGUAUGCAUUCUGGCAAUUCUAGAUUAAAAGAUGCCAGGGAAGGUUAAAGUCCGAGUGGUGGCAGGCCGAAACCUGCCUGUUAUGGACCGCUCAUCAGACACAACAGAUGCUUAUGUGGAAGUAAAGCUGGGAGCUGUCACCUACAAGACGGAAGUCUACAGAAAAAGCCUGAAUCCACAGUGGAAUUCAGAGUGGUUUCGGUUUGAGGUGGAUGACCAAGAACUCCAGGAUGAGCCCCUUCAGGUUCGCCUGAUGGACCAUGACACUUACUCAGCCAACGAUGCUAUCGGCAAAGUGUAUGUGGAUCUGAACCCUCUGCUCCUGCCACCUCCAAGCCCCCCACACUCUCAGCGACACCAGCAGGAUCCUUCCCAACCAGUUGAUCUUUUUAUUUUAGAUCCAGAAAUUCCUGCUGGUUAUAGAUGCCAGAAUAUUGUUGGCUUUGUAGAAGAACUUGUUGUAAACGACGAUCCAGAGUACCAGUGGAUUGACAAAAUCCGAACGCCCAGAGCAAGCAACGAAGCACGACAGACGCUAUUUUUCAAGCUUUCCGGAGAGCUACAGAGACGCAUUGGGCUCAAAGUGUUGGAACUUGGUGGGAAUGCUGUGAUUGGUUACAGACAGUGCUUUGAUCUUGAAGGAGAAACUGGUAUUGUUGUACGUGGUCUUGGGUCUGCAGUGACUCUUGUUCGUCUGCACUAUGACUCUGGCACUGCUGGUGGAACAACUCAUUCUCCAUCACCACUACGGGAGAUCACUGCUCAGAGAGAUUUGGAUGAUGAGAUUGUACUAGAGAAUAUGUAUGUUGUUGUUCCGAACUCUGAUAAACCUAUGCCUAUUUCUGUUGUUCACAUUCCUAAUAAAUUGUCAUCAUCUUCCCCAAGUCCUUGGACCAGCCCACACUCAGUUUUAGGAUGCAGCCCAACAUAUUCACCUCAUAACCCAUCCUAUCAUCCAUCACAGUGGCUUGACCUUAUGGUUAGCCCAGUGGCAGAUCAUUCCAAGCAUCUGCCAGGCCAGUUAGCUCUGACAAGUGCCAAACGCAUGAUUCGUGGUCUUCCCUUAGUGAGACGUAAGAGAAGUUCCACAAUCACUCAGCACCCCCCAGUUUACUUGCAGCGAAAUUCAUCCCUACCACAUGCAAACUGCUCUAGAAGCUUUGGCUGUCGCAGACCUCACAAGACGAGAGGGCCCUGGCCAAUGCAUGGUUUUCAACACAGACAGCAACCUAUGUCUCCUACCUGGACAGGUGUGCGACCAAAUAGUAUAGAGUCUCUGAGAGCUGGGCUUCGCAAGGACAGCUCAGAAAGUUAUGAGGCUUCGAGGACUUGA